GCCGGGCGGGGCCUGGGCCCGGCGGUGCCGCCCCUGCAGCCGCGGCGCGGCCCGGCCCGGCCCGGCAUGAGGCUGAGCCGGGCGGCCGUGCUGGCACAGGCCAAGGCGGCCGCGCUCGACGGCGUCCGCCGCCUCAACUGCUGGGGCAGCCACCUGACGGAUAUAUCCAUAUGCCGGGAUUUGCCCAACAUUGAGGUGAUCACGUUCAGCGUGAAUGGCAUCUCGGACCUCGAGCCGCUGCACCAGUGCCAGAAUCUGAGCGAGCUCUACCUGAGGAAGAACAACAUCACGAGCCUGGAUGAGCUGUUCUACCUGAAGACGCUGCCGCGGCUGCGGGUGCUGUGGCUGGCAGAGAACCCCUGCUGCGGGCCCGACCCGCACCGCUACCGCAUGACCGUGCUGCGCAACCUGCCCAGCCUGCAGAGGCUCGACAACCAGGCGGUGACAGAGGAAGAGCUGUCGCAGGCGCUGGUGGAUGGCGUGGAGAUCACGGCCCCGCCGGCCCGCAGGAGCGUGGAGAGCGGCUGGUCCGAGUCCACGGCGUCCAGCGCCGCCGGGUCCGCCACGGAGCGCGACAGCGAGCUCAGCUGCAGCCUGCAGGACACAAACAAAACUCAGGAGGAGCUUGAUAUGAAGCUUGUUCCCAGGGAUAAAUAUUCCUCCUUUUCCCCUCAAGAGACAGAUUGCAGCUGCAAGAAGACAAACAAUGUCCUGAAUGCCAUCCUGCUUCUCAUGAAGGAACUGGACUCAGAGGGGCUGGAGAUCAUCCAGCAGACCGUGGCGAGGAGGCUCCAGGCCUUCCAGAAGAAGGAGCUGCAGGAGGAGUGACACCGCCCAUCCCCCUGGAGCCCCCGCCCCGCGGCGCUGGCCUGCCCACACCCCUGGCUGCAGCCAGAGCCUCGGUGCUCCCUGCUCUGCUUCUCGUGCGAGGGCAUGGGAUGGGAUGGGCUGCUCCUUCUCUGGAGAUUGCCUGCUUGUGCAGCAGGCUUUGACACUGUGUGUGGCUGGGGCUCUUGGAUGGGAGCUGUGGGCAAAUGAGCAAACAGAAGGGAGCAGGGCUGCAGACAGAGGUGCUGAGGGAUCCGCAGGGGAGCAGAGCCUGCUGAUGGCUGGGAAGAUCUCUGCCCCUCAGCCAGCCUGGGGGUGCACAGCACCUCUGAGAGCAGUUUGUACCACAGAGAUUUGGUUUGGUGAGGGCUGACAUUGCCUGAGAUAAUCACUGAGGACUGUCUGGUGCAGGUUGUGAAGGUCAGUGUCCAGUUACUAAUUUAUUUUCCAGGUCCUAGCUGACUUCCUCAGGUCCUUGCUGUUGUAUGCAGCGCCUGCAGCCCAAAGGAAAGCUCGGAGCAGCCUAGGUGAACCAGAAAUCACUCCCACAUCCUGAAUGCUCAGCUGUCCUCUCACCCCAAUGUUCCCUGCAGGCAUUAGAGCAGCUUAAGGAAACAUCCCAGUUAAAAGGCCCUGAGCAUUCUGCCUGCUUUGCACAGGCAUCAGGGUGGGGUUGCUCUUUAACUGAUAAAGCUGCAUUUACCAAGUUUUGUAGAGCUGUUAAGUACAAACUGAACCGUUGUGACAUACCAAAUAAACCCAAUUAUCCCUCAA